UAUUCUGUAAGCGGAAGUAAAGUGUGCAUGCCUGAUUACUCAAGGGCUACGAUGGUUGCAGCUGCCUGUAGAAAUCUGUCCUAUCAAGCGCGCAAACGAUAGCUUAUGCCAUUAUAUUCAAAUUAAUUUUACGUGUAGUGGCAUUAUGAUGGAACGGCGAGAAUUAGCACACUUAAUAACCGCUGUAUUUGGAUUAAUUAUUACACUUCCAUACGGAUAUACAAGCAUUCAAACCGUCAAUCAGAUUGGAGACGGACCGACUGCAAAAGUUGCGCCAAGACAAGGAACUGAGAAAAGAGUGGUCAAGGAAUUUCCCGGUACUACACUACGGCUCUGCAAGGCCUUCGCCAACAGCGACAUUUCCAGCGCCAAUAACCAUACGGAUUCCCAAGCAGUUAACCAAAGCCUCAGCGACAGAUUAUUAUCCUCCAACGGCACCAUAUCCACCACAGUAACUAGUAACCUUCUACAACCAGGCAAUGAAACAUCAGAUCCGUCAGAAGGAUUUACAGUUUACAAUACCACGCCCGUAGAGAUCACAUUUGAUUUGGGAUGGGUGAUGUCUCAGAGAUAUUCUAGCCUGGCACCGGUCCGCAGCGGAGUCCAGUUCUACAUGCGCAUACCGAAACCGGAAGAGUACAAAGAUGACUUGGUUACGUAUGGUUUGGUUAAAGUCUUUAAGCGCGUUCUGCAGAUACCCGACUACGUGGGUAUACAUCAGGUCACUUUGCAACCCAAUAACGCAUCAGUGAAACAACUGGAAGAUGCCUUAACAGCAGCGUGGUCGCAAAGGUUUCAGAAUGUUUCGCCUGCAAUUCAGGUGGAAGUAGAGAUAGUUUUGAUCGACAACGGCACAGGUUUAGUUACUGCAAAAGGACUGCCACUUAUGAGGAUCGUCUAUGUCCUCCCUCUUCGUUCAACCAUUGGGAUGCAGCUUCCGUCAGUAUACACCAACAACCAGCUUCCACAAAUUAUUCCUCCUUCCGUACAAGUCCUCCGGAAAAACCUGCAGAGCGCCGGUUUGAUACUAUACGACGAUAUUGCCUUUGAAGGCUAUGGAGCAUAUUCGUUUUACAAGCCGACCGAUCAGAGCAGCAGCUUCGAUCCUGAAACACUGAAAACCGAAAUUCUGGAUAUGAUGAACGAAACUCGUGGGCAGGAAGGAUGCGCAAAUGCCGAUAGUAAAGAUCUGGAUAUUCGAUUCGGAAACGCCGAUCCUUACAUAAUCACAUCACGGGCAAAUAAUUCUUUCUCUUACUCCACGCUAAUCAAUGUGCCGUACGUCGCGCUGAUCCAGGAUGCCGUUUAUCUUGGGCAGCUUCCAGAUGCUGCCAGCCAUCCGAAAUACGGACAACACUAUUACCAACCACACUACUACGAUCCUGGUGACCGAUCAUUUUACAACGGUUCACUGCCUUUUCCAGUGGACAAAUCCUUUUCGUUUCGAAUGUACUUUAAUAAAAAGAAUGCCCGAAUGAAUUUCCCAGUCAGCAUUCAGCAUUUACCACUUCUAGAGUCGCGAAUGACCGAGCGCGUCCGGGAACUUGUGAACGAUGACAAACAGAGAAUGGAGGUUGUUCUGUGGAAUCCCGAUUUAGUUGGUAACAGAGUAAACUUCUUCGUGGCACUGUACUACCAUGGGAAAACGUUCGAGACGAACAUUUAUGCGGAUCCCAAGUUGCGGUACGCGCAGUCCAUCUACGAUCGGUUGCAAGGUCUUACUAUAGAAAUGCCGCUUGGGAGCGGAAAUUCUACCUUAACUUAUGUACUGGAGAGGUAUCCUUUUGGAGAUACCGACAAAAGUCUGUCCGACGAAGACUUAGAGAAGCACUACAAGUCAACAAAACGCGAUAUUGUUAACGCGUGCAGAGUAUCAUCAGAUCCUUUUAUCUGUCCGGUGAAUGACACUUUUCUCCUGACCGUUCAGUUAAUAUCGGAAGCGCUAAUAACUGGUGAGGACGGGUCCAAAACUGCCGCCGUUGUGAAUUCAUCACAUGUUCUUCGUGCGGUGGAGCUGGCAUUUGCUGCAGCCAAUCCGAUAACUAUAAACGAUGCCAUUCUGACGAUUACCUUGACAGGACGCGAGGACGUGGUAACCGUAGCAGGGGAUAAUGCGGUCAGAUUUCAGUUUGCCGCGAGCUAUCCAGGAAUCGACACUCAGAAGUACUGGAAAGUAUGGCGAUACCCUUCGACUGAUGUGAUCGACGGUUACCUCAAGGAAAUGGCAGCUGUGCGACUAACCACGGCUUGGACGCUUCAGAUCUGAAGUUUAUAAAACCUGAGCUCUUACCAUCAUUACUUCAUAUACUUUUUAAAUCAUUGGCACAAUAAACAUCGAGAAUAAGUGCAUUGCGAAUAUUUGCGGAAAAGUGCUGAAUUACAUAUUUUACCGUACUGGAUUACUUUAAUCUGCUUAGCCUGUGCUGUGCUUUGGGCGGCGCUAUCGGGAAAAUGUUGUUUUUAAUAACUCGCUUUGGCGUCACUUUUUCCGGUAUUUCCGGAGCAGUGUACCGUAUGUACAACCGGAGUUAACUUAAUUCGGUGUUUAUCUUCCAAUUGCUGUGCGAUAUACAACUGCACGGUUAUCCUUUGGAAAAAAAUGCUGGGGUGAGCAUUUUCUUGCGAUAGAUACUUUAAUAAAGCCAACUUUAAACCGGA